AUGGGAGCAGCCCUGUCGUCCUACGCCACAGUCGUCGACGCCGCCAGCUGCAUGACCAAGAGCUACGCGCAACAGAGGAGAUUCAUCGCUCCAGAUGCCGUCAUCGACAUGCCGAACAACGUCUUGCUCGCCAACGUGGCGCUCGCUGUCGUAUCUACAUGCAUGGCGUUCGCUCUUGCUCGACGCAACCAGCCAUCCAUGCGAGCAACCUUGCCGCCGUCGUCCGACGCGCCCGUCGUCCACGCAGCAAGCCGGGCCACCGAGAACUACGUGCAGCAACGGAGGUCUGCCGACGACGACUACUGGUCCGGCCUGCCGGACGACCUCCUGUUCACCAUCAUGUCGUCGCUGGACGUCCCCAGCCUCCGGCGAGCCGGUGCCGUCUGCAGGUCCUGGCGCGCGGCGCACAACGCCUUCUGCCUCCCCGCGCUGGAGCGAGCGCCGUGCCUAUUCUACGCCUGCGAGGAGUACGGGCCCAACGACGCCGCCCUCUACAGCCCCGCCACCGGCGCCACCUUCCGGGUCCCCUUCCCAGGCCCCCCGCACGAGAAGCGGGGCUUCACCUUCGCGUGCCAUGGCGGCUGGCUGUUCACCACCGACGAGGUCGGCGACCCUUACCUCCUCAACCCCGUCACCGGCGCCCAGGCCACGCUCCCUCCGGUCAAAACUAUCUACCACAACGACGAAUUCUACGACGACGGUGGCAAGCAUGUCUGGCCUGCUGACCCCGAGAACGGGACCAUGAAACCCAGCAUUAGCUGGGCGCGACACACGGAGUAUCUUCGGGUUGCCAUCUCUUCGACCACCGAUGUGACGGAAUGCACCGUCCUGAUCGUGCAUACGCCGGAGUGGAGACUCUCUUUCGCCAGGCCGGGAGACGACAGGUGGACACUAGUCUCCCAGGAUGAGAGCUUCGUUGCCAACGUUCUUUACAAUGACAAGGAUGGCUUGUUCUACAUUUUGUAUCUUCAUGGCUCUAUCGGUACUUUAAAUCUUUGUGAGCCUUCACCGUCAGUGUCCCUGAUCAUGCGCAGCGUGUUACGUUCGUCUGGAUAUCGUACCAUGUACCCUGUCCUCGGUCCAUCGGGUGAACUCCUGCAGGUCUGGAGGAACUGGAGUCGCACACAUACUCCACUCAAGUAUCGUGAUACUUACCAAGAUAUCGUGAACGAAAUGCUUCAAGGUUGUGUCGACCUUGCCCAGAAAGAUGACAACGACAAUAAGCAACGAGAUGAGCUAGAGACAGAAGAUGGCGACGAAGAAGGUGAACUAUGGGAAGCCAAUGUGAAUGACCAAGAAAUUGAUGGGUCGCAACUGCUUCGUGAAGGCGUUGACCUGCCACAUCGGCUUGUUGACGAGGUCACCACAGACGAGAUCCUAGUCUUCAAGGUUGACGUCGACAGACAGAAGCUAGUGGAGCUAAGGGACAUUGGCGACCAUGCUCUCUUCGUGGGGUUCAACUCCGUCGUGUGCCUUCCGACAAAGGGCUUUCCGGCUUUCGAGCCAAACUGCAUCUACCUAACGGACGACUGUUCUGACGACAGCCCAAUGUUACGGAAAGAUCUUGGUAUCUGGGAUAUCAAGAAUAGGAGUAUGCGGAAACUUAGUGAUGCGUGGCCAAACUUGCAUCCAUGGCUACAUUUACCGGCUCCAAUUUGGAUCACACCAAGGUUUUAG